UCCCCUGAAUGGUCUAUAAACGUCGCUGCGGUCUUCUCUUUUCUUCAUCAGGUAUAUAAAGGCACUUCGUCGCUUCCAACUUCAGCACAGUCUCUUUUCCGACUUUGCCUCCUAUCGUUUGCAGCUCAAACAUUCUCUUCAUCAUGAACAUCUACUACGUGACGAGUUUGGUCCUUAUGGGUCUUUUGGCCAUCUCAUUCGCUGACGAAGUGAAACCGUACGGUCCUUACGACAAGUUGGAAGGCUAUUUCCAGUACGCCAACGUUCCCGCGGAAGGUGAAUAUGAAUUCGGUUUUAAUCGUGGCAAUACCGAUCAUCACGUGUCACGUCAUGAACAAUACAAAGAUGGCAACUUCCGCACCAAGGUCAAGUGGGCCGAUGCCUAUGAAGGUCAUGGCGAACAUGCUUGGGAUUACAACCAUGGCGGAUACAAGGGCGAUUACAAACCAGAUUACAAGCCCGACUACAAGCCCGACUACAAGCCCGACUACAAACCCGACUACAAACCCGACUACAAGCCCGACUACAAGCCCGACUACAAGCCCGACUACAAGCCCGACUACAAGCCCGACUACAAGCCCGACUACAAGCCCGACUACAAGCCUGACUACAAGCCACAAUACCAACCCGAGUAUAAGCCGGAAUACGAGGCGGAAUACAAGCCAGAUUACAAACCCGAAUACAAGCCCAGCUACAAGCCAGACUACAAACCCGAGUACGAACCCGAAUACAAGCCAGAUUAUAAACCGGAAUACCAAGCCGACUACAAGCCAGAGUACAAGCCGGAAUACGAACCAGAAUACAAGCCCAGCUACGAAAAUUCUUACCAACAGACUCCGUACAAAUCUCCAGAAGCUUACGAUGUCCCUGUCUACAAGCCAACUGCUUACAAGUCGACAGGAUACGAUCGUAUCUACCGUGGCGCUUUCAGGCCUUAAUUUAUGAAUUGAAUUUUUCUAAUUAAUCGAACUAUGUGCUGAAAAAUUCUGGAUAUUUUAUUGCUCGGUUCACUAGUUACUGUAUAGUUGCUCAGAAUAGAUCCACCCUUUUUUUGUUGCAGUGCAGCAAACGCAAAAAAACAUACACAAUAUACAAACAA